AUGACGCCUGGCAAAUAUUUAGGAGUAACUGAUGAUGGAUCAUCUACAGAAACUUUGGAUAUUGAAUGUACUAAGUCGUCAUCAACACCAAGACGAAUAUCCCAAGGUGAAAGUUUUGAUAUUCCGAAUAUGGCGGCCGAUCACUAUAUUGAUAACGUACCAAAAUAUGAUGUCAAUCAAAAAUUUGAAGAUUUUGUUAUCAAUAGCACUCCCCGUCAAUUUAUUAAACCUAAAUCAUUUACAACGACACCGUCCUACAGUAUUUCAGCGUCUUCAUCUCUAUUGCGUAAAAAAACCCGUAAUCCACCACUUGCAAAAAAACCCGAUAGUAAAGGUGAAAUUAUUAACAGUGUUGUAUUAGUUUUAACUGAGGGCAGAGGUUCCGCUCAAGGUGAAAUCGGAUUAGCAGCAAUUGAUUUAAAAAGACCAGUAUUGAUCUUAUGCCAAAUUAGUGAUACUCAAACGUAUAUGAAUACAAUUAAUAAAAUAAGUAUUCUAAAUCCCGCAGAGAUUUUAGUCCCAAAUACAUUUAUGGAUCAGAUACAAGGUACAUUGCUGUACAAUACCAUUAAAAACCAGUUUCCAUUAAGCGCUAUACUUACUGCUUCUCGAAAACAUUUUUCUGAAAAUGAAGGUAAACUAUACCUAAAAAAUAGUAUUAUACCAGAAUGUACUUCUACAUUAGAACAAGUGUUACCAAAAUUUUACGCGAUUUCCGCUGCGGCAGCAUUAUUAAAACAUAUCGAAUUUAACCAUAAUGUGGUUUUUUCUUCAAAUACACUGCGAAUAGAGUAUGAAGGAGUUGAAAAAUCAAUGUUUAUUGAUGUAAAUACAGCGUCAAGAUUAGAAUUAGUAUUAAACAAUUCAUUAAAUAUCAGAAAUACAUUAUUUGAUGUCUUAAACCGUUGCGCUACUAUUGGAGGUCAGAGAAGACUCCGAUCUUCUAUCCUGCAACCCUCAAGCGAUAUUCAGUUGAUACAUAAUCGCCAAGAAGCUGUAGAAGAAAUUUUAAGUAGCCCAGAACAAAAUUUUAUUUUACUUAGAAACGUAAUCCAAAAAUUCUCUGACGUGGAACACUUGUAUUGGUUAUGUACAAAAGUUUCUAAAAAUACUCAACAGUUAUCUAAAUUACAAGGAAAUUAUACAUUGUUAUUAAAAACUACAUUAGAAGCAUUGCCAGCACUUGUGGAUAUUUUAGAACCAUUCAAAUCUGAAUACAUUUCCUCUAUACGAAAGACCUUAUCAAAUUCUGGAUAUUCAAAAAUGUUAGAAAUAAUUGAGAUAACUAUUAAUAAAGAAUCUACUAGAUCAAAAGGAUUUUCACAAUCUCAGUUUCAAAGAUGUUUUGCUAUUAAAUCUAAUUUGAAUCCCUUACUAGAUGUUGCUCGUACAAUUUAUAGUGAAUUGAUAGAAGAAUUUCAUGAUAAAGUAAAAGUUUUAGGUGAACAAUUAGAUACAGAACAUUUGCUUCCACAAAAUUCAUAUAAAAGAGGUUUUCAUGUUCAGGUCGAACUAAAGAAUAUUAAAAAUUUCAAUGUCAAACAUCUUCCGAGUAUUUGUAAAAAUAAUGAAAUGUUAAAAGAGCUAAGAAAAUAUAUUAGUUGUAUAUACGAUCUGUGUAAUGGCAUUGCCGAUUUAGAUUUGAUAUUUUCAUUCGCACAAUAUAGUAUGCGAUCAGGAUCAAUUAGACCCAAAUUUGGACAAUACAUGGAUAUCAAAAGUUCUAGACAUCCAAUAUUAGAUAUUAUUAAUUCAGUUGUACCAAUUGAUAACGAUAUUUUUGCUUCAACUGAUAAAAAUUUAAAUAUCAUCACUGGGCCUAAUAUGGGUGGAAAAAGUAUUUAUAUACGUCAAGUGGCAUUAUUACAAAUUAUUGCUCAAAUCGGAUGUUUUGUACCUGCAACAUUUGCUCAGUUUCGUAUUUGUGAUCGAUUGUUUACGAGAAUUGGUUUUGGAGACAGCAUAGAAUUGAAUGCGUCUACUUGGGUUUUAGAGAUAAAAGAAUUAAAUGGCAUACUUCCUUCACUUACGAAGCAUAGUUUAGUUAUUAUUGAUGAAUUAUGUCGAGCUACUUCUUGCGAAGAAGGGUCAAGUUUAGCAUGGGCAAUUUGUGAAGACAUAAUGCAAUCUUGUGCUUUUAUAUUUUUUGCUACGCACAGUAUUUUUAUAACAAAACUUCAAGAUUUAUACUGCAAUAUAUUAAAUUAUCAUAUGGAGGCAAUACCCGCGAGGGAUUCUACGAGUAGAUUAAUUUAUACGUAUAAAUUACGACCCGGAGUAACAAAUAUUGAUGACUAUGGACUAAUCUUAGCUAGAGAUGUAAAAAUGCCUGAAAAUUUAAUUGAAAAUGCUAUAGAAAUUGAAAAAUGUUUACGUCAAACAAGAAAAGCGCUACCAGACAAUCCAUCAAAUGAAGCAGACUUGAUUUUGGAUAAUUGUAUUCAAAAAUUAUUAAACAUGAAAGAUACAGAAUGUCUCAGUAUAUCCAACAUUCAGUCGGUUAUAUUAGAAAUGAUGAAUAAAUUAAAAGAGAACAGAAGAAAAAAUAUUGAUCCAUUUAUGGAAUCUAUAGACUCUGAUAAUGAAAUAUAGUGUAUAUCUAAUCAAACGCAAGACUUGGAAGCUUUCAUGAUGUGUAUAAAUUGCAGUAUGUCGUCAUCUUGACUGUUUGUAUG